AUGUCGCAACGGUCCAUUUGUAUUUUGUUGACAAUCGUCGCCGUUUGCUACGCGCUCACGACGAAAUCUGAAUUUAUUACGGCCCCCGAAUUUCCAAAGAACGAGCCUAACGGUGACAAACUAUCAUCCGGCAUGGUACGCUCCAGAAAUUCAUCGAGAGUACCCUACUUAAAGAGCAACGACAGCGACGCGUACGACAGAAAUUCGGACAAGCUACCGAGAGCGACGAUCCAUCGUCCGGAAUCGGAGACCAGAGAUAAUUCCAGUUGCUGUGGAUCCAAGUACGGUUCCAACGCAUCCACGCGUCCUGACUCUUAUCAUAGUAAAAUCCCUGCGGACAGUGAUCGGUAUCCAUAUCAAUACGGUGAACGUUUACCCGUCGAUAGAAUAAUUUACAGAUAUGGGUGGCAAGCCCAAGGUCAACCCCCGGGUUCGAGCGGAAAACCCGGAAACGGAAACCACGACGGAACCGAGCCCCACGAAGGAAAUAGAUACAGUUCCCGCCCGAGUUAUGGUAGUGAAAGUUCACGCAGGCCUAACGGUUACGAGUACGCAACUUCUGGAGGAUAUGGUUAUGGCAAUGGUGGUUAUGGAGGAUAUGGCUCUGGUCGACCAACCGGCUACGGAGGGUCACCAGCGAGUGGUGGUUAUGGAAUUUCUGGAACUCUCGCUAGUGGCGAUGAAUUUGGAGGCGCGGAGCCAAAUUAUGGGGAAGGAAACGGGGCUCCCCCGCACCCGAAUUUUCAAGCGCAAAAGGCCGUGGCUUUAAAAGCAUUAGCCGGUGUUGCUUUAAUCGGGGCAGCUGCUGCUUUAGCUACGAACCCCAUUCUUCUACCAAUUGGCAUUAUAUCAGGAAGAAAGAAACGAUCGUAUUUGUCCGUGAAAGACGAAGACGCUCACAUGAAUUACAUAUUAAAGGAAUUAAAAAGCAACUUCACCAAGGUUGACGGCAAUGGAAGCGGAAAGAAAAUGUUAGUUUCUCCAACAUGCAUUGCCAGAAUAUCGUGCGAAAUACAGAAGAAAUAUUGGUCUGACCCCAUUAAAGAAAUCAAAGGGAAAACAAAGUCGGAGCAUCGUUUCACCGAUUUGACCUCGAACAAUAUACUCGAUAAAGAAAUUAUGAGCGUUCGCAUGAGAAAGAUAAUGAAAACUGCAGCUACCGUUGCGAUGAAUGGAGGAAACUGCAAUGUAUUUACGUGUACAUUUUUAACAACUGUUGACCCCAAAAAACAAUUUAUUCUUAAGCUUUGA